AUGGGUGCUGCACGCGAAAAGCGCCGAGCCGAGCGCAUCGUUGAAGGCGGUACGCCUACCUGGCGUCAGACCUGGAGCGAACUGAAAGCGAGCGAAUGGACGCACAAGAAGCCUCAUGCAAACUCGAUCGAGACGCGGUGGAAGCUUAUUCCGCCUGGUGGAAAAGCACGCGGCAUCGAAGGCACGGUCCACGUUUUGGGAGAAGAGCGAGAGUGCGCUCAGUAUACCUCCGGUGAUAUAGUUGAUAUUCGAACCUCUAAAGACAGGGAUGAUGAAUUCGAGUUGGUUCCGCGGGAUAGGGCGCUUCGCCCAAGAUUUUCCGCUGAUACCUCCAUUGGGACGUCUCUGUUUGGGCCGUCCGACGAGGAUGACAGUGAUGAUGAAGUUACCAUCUUCGAUGACGAUGACGGCGAUUUCGACAACGACAAUGCCGUUGGAGACGAAAACAGCUACGCGGACUUGCGGAAGGAUCCUUUCGGACCUACGCCAGAUGCGAUGAAGUGGAGCGAUUCCCCACUAGCGAUAUUCUUCAACGUUUUGUCAGUAGCACUUUGGCAGCACAAUGCUGUGUGCAGCAACAACUACAAACACGAGCAGACCGAUGUGCUUGUUGAAGUAUACUUCGACCGCCGGAAAAAAUAUGCUGCGUCGCCGGCCGGAUGA